UCUCCCAGCCCCUUUUGGGCGGAGAGAUCUGGAAUGGUAGAUAAAAGUAUGACAGGGGCCAGCCUAGGAAUGGUUAAGAGAGAUCAGAGCAAAGAGUCCAGGAUUACCCCAGAGGACGGAGCAGAACAACAGCUGGAAUCACUGGGGGAAAAGGCUGAAAGGAGGUGGUGAGGAUGGGCUUCUCAGCCCUAGCCACAACCACCUUUCUGGUGGGAGUGGUGAUUGCUGCCACACAGGCAGGAGUGGCGGAGAACAGAAGCCGAAUAUGCCAGCCUGUACCACUCUGGAAGAUUAAUGGGACAGCCCCAAUGACUGGGAUGGAGGGCCAAGUGACAGUGGUAGCACUACUGAAAGCCAGCUGACAGUUCUGUCUCAAGCAAGCUGCCAGCCUUGGCAACUUGCGGAAUAAGCUGUCCCAUGAAGGAGUAGCCAAUGUCAGCUUCAUGAUUGUGAAUGAGAAGACCCCCUUCUCCCGGGCCAUGUACUGGGAGCUCAAGCGACAUGCCCCAGAGGGAAUUCCUGUUUACCAGCAAGAGAUCCUGGAACCUGAUGUCUGGCAAAUUCUAGAUGGGGACAAGGAUGACUUCUUCAUCUAUGACAGGUGCAACAGACUGGCUUUCCACAUCCAAUUGCCAUAUAGUUUUCUGCACUUACCAUAUGUUGAAGCAGCUGUUCAGUACACACAUCACAAAGACUACUGUGGCAAUUGUUCCUGGUACCACUCUAACAGCAGCCAAGAGGUGAUUAUGACAGCCAACACUAGCAUGAUGACAACGGAGGCUACCGGACACAAAGAGAAGAAUCAGAACCUACCCAACCACAGACAUGAAAGGAAGAGCCAAGAGGCAUCUAACACUGAACACACAGCCCAUCAUGCUUCAAAUAAUGGAGGAAGCAGUCAUCACAAAGCCUUGGGUUUGGCCAGCACCCAUCAACCAACGCUCCCUUCUCCGAGCCACCCACAGAAGCAGCAAGCAGGGGGGUCACACUAAAACCUUUUAAUUUCUAUGUAUGCAAAACCCAACUGUGGAGCAAAUCCCCAUCCCCCGCACAAGUCUAAACAAGCUAUUAAAAAAUCAGCCAAGGGGCAAGCCUACAGGUACUGAAAGGAAGAAACAUGAAGGUUCAGUUUUCAGAAGGGCAAGGGGCAUUAUUUUAGCACCCCCUUCCUAAAUUAACACAGGCUCUCAAGACCUCUCCACUGAUAACAAAGUGCAUAACGGGGCCAUUUGUUGUGUGAUGUGUGCAAGUGGAAAGUGCCAGUGUUAUCAGGAAAGUUGCCUCCUCAUUUUGAGUCAUUCUCCAGUUGUACUCAUACCUACCGAUUUUGUUUCACAAAGCCAAAGAUGCCAUUUUUCUAGGACUCAGUGACUUUUUGAAGUUGUAAGAAUUCUCUAUCUAGCAUGUCUUUUUCCUCCUACUUUAACUGCUGAUGGCAAAAUUGCCAGAGGUAAACAGUUUACCUUCCUCGGGAACACAGGUCGGGACCAUAGUCCUCUGCCUGUCAGGAAGCCAGUUUUGACCCCUUUCUUGUAUUCUCUGCUUUUCUGUACUCAAUGAAGCAUGUGGUGUAAACUAGAAUAUCCCAGUCACUGCAGGCUGACACUGUACAGAAAAGUAUGUCCUCAGAAAUGGAGGGAUGGGAUCAGAACCAGUACUGGCAGGAGGAGUGACUGGCUCCCACUGUACAGAGAACUGAAAUCUGAGGAGGUGGACUUUGGGCUGGAGGCUGGGGCUCAAGGUUUUGUACACAGAGGCUGGGGCUCAAGGUUUUGUACACACUCUCAUUGCUAGCUUGAAGGAUGUGAUCUUUGUUAUGUUGCUGGAAAGAAACAGCCAUCUGUCAUGUGGGGGAAUUAAAGUAGUGAGAUGUCAUUAGCUGGGUGGGCAGGCAUCCUGCUGAACAUAGUUGAGCGGAAAUAUUUGGGGUCUGGUUUAGGGGAAAUGCACUGAGAGGUGAAUUAAGGAAGGAAAUCCAUCCACACCCUGUAUCAGAUAAACUCAGGGAAGAGGAUGCACUGCUUCUUGAAAGUUUACUGGGAAAGAAUAGUGGAAAUAAAUCACCUGCAAUUAAUGUGUUUGUAGUAUUUGCUCAUAACACAAAUGCUCUUUACAUAAUAGAAAUACAAAGCGCUUUACAAAUAUAACUGCUGUCUUUUAUCUCAAAUACUGUAGAGCAGUGUUUAGCUUCAGGAUGUAAGAGAUGAAUAGAAUAACUGUGAACAAAGUGAAAGGGAUACCUGUAUAAAUCCUACUAGAAGUUUAGAAUACUCCAGCUUUCUCUUAAUCAGCUUUCCAGUUCUUUUCAAAAGGUCUUUAGUAUUUCUCUGCCAAUUGUUGCCAUUCAGUGAAUUGACUGUACAAAUGCACACUAGUAAUUUUUUGCUGAAGUUUAAGUAAAAUUCUAGGGCUGUGGGAA